AUGGAUCAGGAAUCGGAGGAGAUUCCACUAGACCUGGAAUCGCGACUGUCACCGGACUCUCUGCAGGAGAUAUGCCUGGACUAUGUCUGUGAUAAUCUUACUGCUCUCUGUACGUUCAAUGAUAAUGCAAUACCAGCAGGUUUGCAGUUUAGGGACCCAGACACAAUUCUAAACAUAGAACUUUCUGAAAAUCUACUGAAAAAGCUGUGUGAAAAAAAACAAAUUUCAGAUGAGGUCCUCAGCAUAUUUUCAAACCCGUGUACAACCAUGUUAAAGAGAGCCUGGUUGACGGGAAGUUCUAUUACAAGACAGGGUCUUUAUGCAUUAGCACGGCACAAAAUGACAGAAUUAGAUGCUGCAAGGAUGAAAAACUUAACAAUUGACGAACUAGUAGAAGUUUUUGGAGAAACCGGGUUGUGUAAUCUAAGACACCUCAAUAUAGGAUGGAUGGAAGUGAGCCGAACGGGCAAAAAAGUGACACGUAGCAAUGACCAUGUUGUUGCCGAACUCUCCAGCAGAGUUAGACUUCUAGAAAACCUUGAUAUUUCCAUGUUGGGUGUGGAAACCUUGAUAUUUUUGCGUGCUUUUAAAACAGUACCUUUAAAAUCACUUACCGCGUUCCAUACACAUGUUGACUUCUCUGAUUCCCUUCUCGUUAAGGAAGUCGUAAAGUUUGAUAAUCUGCAACACCUUGAUAUCGCAACAGAUUGUAAGCCACAUAUGUACCCUGCAACGGUACAAUACACUGCAAAAGCGAUUGACAAACUUUUACAGGAUUCAACGUGCUUACCGCAACUGACUUCUAUUGACAUAUCAGGGAACAGGCACGUUGCAGAGUCUUCCUUGAAAAUGUUUUUUGAUCACAGGCCUGGCAUCCGCUUCCUUGGGCUGACUAUUACAAGUCUUUGUGAAGCCGAGUUUUUGAAUGAUGAUGAACAUAUCAGUUUCCGUCCAGGCGUUAAGAUAACAGGUCAUCACAAUGAAACACAAGUAAUGGAAGGUUUACGUCGGUAUACCAACAGACCUAACUACCUACAUGAAUUGAUGUGCAGCCUUUUUGACAAAACAAACUACUUGAAUAAUACACGUGUAGAUAUUAUUGAGUUGGUGCUUGUUGCCAUGCGUAACUACCCACGAUCCCUUGGUAUUCAAAUGGCUGGUAGUUGGUGCUUGUUGCCAUGCGUAACUACCCACAAUCCCUUGGUAUUCAAAUGGCUGGCAGGGUUGUAUAAUUGUGAAUCGUCUGCUCAUAUGUUUUUGUAUCUUACUAAAAAUCCAUCUCUUCCAUGGAAAUUUGAUUAUUUACGAGCUGCUCAGUUAAUAAUGGAAUGUAUAAUCGGGUAUUCUAAUGACCACUCAAUGUGUCGAACUGCAUCCGUCAUUGGGUCGAUUCUUGUACAUAAGUUGUCAACUGAACAGAAAGCUAUCCUAGGAACACAGCCAGUUAUUCAGUAUGGCAAAGUACUUGAGUGGGGAGAAUAUGCUGGUAGACUUGUAGCUUAUCGGUCAUUUACACCAAUUUUAUGUUUAUUGAAAUGUCAUGAUAAUGCAGCAGCACAACUCUGGGCUGUAUGGACGCUGUGGCACACAUGUACUAAGAAACCUGAUCGUUAUUGCAGUAUGGUGUCAAAAGAAGGUGGUAUGGAAAUCCUUCGGUCUCUUUUACAAACUCCACAUGUAGACGACGCAGUGAUUGCACUUGUGAAGAAAACAAUCAAGAUUAUAGAUGAGAACAAACAUUUGUGUUUAAGAAUGAACUAA